CAACAAAGCCCAAACCCAAAAAAACCUCUCGAAUAAUUUUUUUUUUUUUAUAUAUAAAGCCAACCCUUUCGCCCGAUCUCCAACUCUCUCCCUCUCUCUUCUUUUUGAGGGGUCUCUCUCUCUCUGCCAAUUCCGCCGUCGCGGCCGCAGCUCCCGUACUCCACCAGCGAUUCCCUUCUUCGCCGGCGGUUCUGUGUCCCUCGUAUCGUCACCACGUUUUCCGCCUCCAGCUCUCUCUCCGUGGGUGGGGAGGAAUAAGAAACCCUGAUUUGAUUGUUUCAGCUCCUCGGAGAGAUGACAAUGCACGGUGAAGAUCAUGUUCCCUCUCCCACGGCUCAGUUGGUUGGGAAUGCUUUUGUUGAGCAGUACUACAACAUGCUGUCGAAAUCACCAGAUGUGGUUCAUAAGUUUUAUCAGGACUCCAGUGUCAUGAGCAGGCCGGUUGCUGAUGGCCUGAUGUCUUCUGUCUCAACUAUGGCUGGGAUUAAUCAGAUGAUCCUUUCUCUGGAGUACAAAGACUGCGAAGUUCAGAUACUGACAGCUGAUUCUCAGAAAUCAUUUGGGGAUGGAGUCAUUGUUCUUGUGACUGGUUUCCUCACUGCAAAGGAUGGGCUGAAGCGAAAAUUCACCCAAUUAUUCUUUUUGGCUCCACAAGAUACUGCUGGAUUCUUCGUCUUGAACGAUGUUCUGAGGUAUGUGGAUGAGGAAGAAUUCCCAGCAGUGAAGGGGUCUGAUGCUGCUGCUGAUACUGCCCCUGUCGCUGCUCCUGAACCCGAGGCAACUCCUUUCACCAAUCAUGUGGUGGUAGAGCAAGAUGCUACUGCUGUUGCUGCUGAAGAUACCAUCCAAGCCAAUAAUGAAGUUAGCCUUCAGCUGGACAAUGGUGACGUUGCUAUUGCAGAGAAAGAUUACGUACCAAAUCAUAUAGCUGAGGCAGCAGAAGUUGAUGCUGCUAUUCCAAAGGCAGAAGUUGCACCCGAGGAAGAAAAUCAUCACCAGCAGGCUGAGACAGUUGCUACCCCUAUUGCUCUGGAGGAUGCUCCCAAGAAGUCUUAUGCUUCAAUUGCUAACCAAUUGAACUACAAGCCCCAUCCAUUCCAGCAGAGGAUUGCACCACCAAAACCUGUGGUCCAUGCUCCUGUUGCUGCUGCAGCUGCAGCACCAGCAGCUGCACCAACAGAAGCUUCUGCUCCUCGCCCUGCAAGAAACAACUCCGUUGAAAGGAGCAACAAUUUCACAGGGAAGGGUUACUCUAUCUUUGUUGCCAAUCUGCCCAUGGAUGCAACUCCUCAUCAACUCUACGAGAUUUUCCAGAAAUUCGGGCCCAUCAAGCAAGGUGGUGUCCAAGUCAGAAGCUACAAGCAAGAGAGGAACUGUUUUGGGUUUGUGGAUUUUGAAUCAGCUAGCUCCAUGGAGAAAGCCCUUGAGGCUGUGACCAUCAUGAUUGGCAACCGGGAAGCGCAUAUCGAGAAGAAGAAAGCUGCUGGGGAAGGCGGGAAGUUCACUCCGAGAAGGGGUGGUUUCAGGAACGAUGGCUUCAGGGGCCGCGGAGGGAGCUUUGUUGGAGGGCGUGGUGGAGGCUAUGGGAAGGGUGAGUUUGAGAACCAGCAGGGCGGUGGCAAUUUCCCAGGUCAGGCGAGAGGUGGUGGUGGACGCAACGGCGAGGUGAAAGUUUAUCAGAACGGAGGUGGGAGAGGAUCCCGUGAAGCUAGACCAGCGCCACCAGCAGCGGUCGCUGCCCCCACCGCUGUCGAAGGUGGAAAGAAUUAGACCUUUCAGGGAAAACCAUUAUUAGAAGACUUGACUUGCGGCAUUUUGUAGGGUUGUUUGGUUUACUUUGUUAAAAUAGAGGACUUUGUUACUUUGUGUCUGGAAUUAUCGUUUGGCUGUUUGGUAGGGGUUGGGUUCUCUUUUCUUCUUCUUAUUUUUUUUUUUUUUUGUGGCUGAAGUUAUUAGGUCAUUCAUCUCAAUUGGAGAUGUACUAUUAUAACUUUAUAAGUCUAUCGUCGUCGGUUUCCAAUUCUGCAUCUUAGAUCUUUUUUUUUUUCCCGUUGAAUGUGGAAUCGUUUUAUUGCAAAGCCAAGGUGAGGAAAUACCCCCACCUCGAUAAGGUUCAAUAAAUACAUUUUUAGUGUAGUUAUCAUAAACUGUCACAAACCUAUUCAUUUUGUACAAAAUGCUCAUAAUCCUUUAAUUUUGCACCUUUCGGUAAUAAAGGUUUGACGAAUAACAA